CUGUUGUUUACAUUUUUGUUUUCUUUCUGAUGGAGAUUCUCUCUCGAGAUUUUACUGUUACAUAAUUUCAAGAUGUCUUACCGAUCUAUUUUGGUUGCUUCAAAUCUGUUCAGAUCUCCUCUUCGAAGUGCUCUACGAAUUUCUUGUGCAAGACACAAAAAUAGUGAAGCAACUGAGCAGAGUUCGGAACCUAUUAAAUUUUCCACCAGCAAAGCUGCCGCGUGGAAAGCUACUUAUUCCACCAGUGGCGAAGACUAUUUUAAGGCCCCCAGAAUUCAGUCCCCUGUCGUUGUUUUCAGUUUGACAGCUUUCAUGAUUUACUUUUGCGUAUUAAGGGAAGAAAACGAUCUUGAUGAUUGGCUGAGGGAAUUGGAGACUACAGUUCCUAUUCAAGUUGAAGAGGCACAGCUGCGAGUGGAAAUUGAGCAAGAUAAAGGAAGGAGAAUGGAUACAAGUGCAAAAGAAGCAAGAUUAGAAGAACUCAUUAAGAAAAGAGCACGAAUAGUGUCUCAGACUUAAAUGUCUUUUCUUUCCAACACUUGUAAAUUAUUUAAGAUUUUAUUGUAGACUACCGUUAUAUCUCACCUAUGUUCUGUACAGUUGAUGGAAGUAGUAAAAAAUUCUUA